AUGAAAAACGAGACGAGUCUUCUUCCCAGAGAGGGAGAAGCCCAGCCUUCCAGGUGUCCAGAUAACAGUGCAUUCAAACAGCAGAGGCUGCCAGCUUGGAAGCCCCAGCUCACCAUCGCAUCUGUGCUCUCCAGCUUCUUUCUGACAGGGGCAUUCUGCCUCACUGUGGGAGUCUGCCUUGUCCUGUCUGCAAACAGCGUCAGAGAAAUACAGGUUGAUUAUUCAGAUAAAUGCUCAGAUUGUUCAAAGCUCCGUGAAAAUUCCUCUAACUGGAAUAAGGAAUGCCACUGUUCUGUUAAUUUCACGCUAAAGGAAGCGAUAUUGGGUGAUGUUUUUAUGUACUAUGGUCUGCAAAACUUCUAUCAAAACCACCGUCGAUACAUGAUGUCAAGAAGUCAUGCACAGCUGUUGGGCCGAAAUGUAAACAUCCAGAGGAGCCACUGCGCGCCCUUCAGCACCUACAGGAACGGGACUCCGAUGGCGCCGUGCGGGGCCAUUGCCAACAGCAUGUUCAAUGAUACUAUUGAUCUUUUUUACAGUCGUAACUCAUCUGUGAUUCAAGUGCCACUGCUGAGGACUGGAAACAGUUGGUGGACAGAUAAAAAUGUGAAAUUUCGCAAUCCUGAGGCAUACAAUCUCUCUUCUGCAUUUGCAGGGACAGCCAGACCCCCUUACUGGCAGAAACCGGCGUACCUGUUGGACGAGGACGAUGAGAGGAACAACGGUUACGUGAACGACGACUUCAUAGUCUGGAUGCGAGUGUCGGCCUUUGCGACGUUCCGGAAUCUCUACCGGCGCGUCAGUCGCGUGCGGCACUUCGCCGAGGGCCUGCCAGCAGGGAAUUACACCUUCCGGAUUUCCUACAAUUUCCCUGUUACCAGGUUCAAGGGGAGGAAGCAUGUGAUUCUUUCAACCGUGGUAUGGAGUGGCGGAAGUAACCCAUUCCUGGGAAUUGCCUACCUGGUUUCUGGAGCAGCAGCAACCCUGGCAGGUUUUGUCAUAACUGGCAUCCACUUAAAGCUCAGGAAAAAGAAAACAUACUUUCAGAAGCAAUAAGGUUCCCCUGACUUUCUGAACAAAGACAGAAGUGUGCAAUGGACAAAGAAGGUGCAGCGCAGACCUUUCACUCUUUCCCCUGAGCU